GUGAGAGUGUGGAAACCUUUGCCACGGAGCAUCACAAUCAAAUGUGUCUGGAAGGUUAUUCUCUGCAUUUUAGGGGAACUUCUAACCGUGGAAGUAUCUUGAAUCUUUGCAUAUGCCUACCUGUUGAAGGUUACAGCGGGCGAGGAAACUUUUUGGCGAUACAACGCGUCUAUCAAUAAUUUGUUAAAGAAUUCCGCGCAGAAUCCACUAUCAUUUAUUUGCGGAUACCAUUCGAUGUUUCAGUAAGGAUCAGCAAAUCAGUUGAAACUUGAAACAACAUAUUUGGCGCCUGAGAAUUAAACAAUUAAACACCUGCCACUUGUACACGCUGAAGACUAAAGGAAUUACUGAAAUAAGACUUCAAACGGACGCACUAAAUGGAAACACAACCUGCCUUUACUUGUAAAAGUGUAUAACGCAGGUAAAUGAUGCUGCAGGCUGUGUGACUGGCUACUAUGGGACCGAAGAGGGGCUAUUUCGUGGAUGUCACCAUGGUGACUGCACUCUGCCUGCUGUGUGUCAGCCAUGGUCAGAAGCCGGAGGUGCGUGCCAAGGAAAGUGGGUGUGGUGGAGAUGGAGUGUAGACUGCCACCCACGGACACGGGUGCGUCUGUGUCCCUGCACGUGGCGGAAUGGGUGCGCCAGGGCUUCGAGAUCCCAGUCCUGAUCAAGUUUGGAGUGUACGCUCCUCGGGUGCAUCCCAACUACGAGGGCCGUGUGUCUCUGGUCAGGAACACUGUUCUGAGAGUGAAGGGGCUCCUCAUGGAGGACCAGGGCCUGUACGAGUGUCGCAUCCUCCUGUUGAACCAAACCACAGACGAGAACCACAAUGGGACCUGGACCCUACUGUCUGUAACUGCUCCUCCUAUUUUCACCAAGACCCCUCCCCCUGUCCUGGAGGCUCUAGUGGGGAAUUCUCUCUCUCUAGCCUGUGUUGCUCGUGGCAACCCACCACCCACCAUAACCUGGGCUAAAGAUGGUACUCUGAUUGGAGGAGACAAAGUUGAGCUGCUGAGUGGGACGUUGUCUCUCAGAGCAGUGAGCACGGAGGCCGGAGGACGGUAUGAAUGUCUCGCCACCAACACACAGGGCAAUGUGACUCAUGUUACAAAGCUGAAGGUCAAAGUCUUAGUCACUGGAAUCUCCACUGGUACACAGUGCCGGGCCGUGGCUGAUCCCCCCCCCAACAUGACCUAUGUGUGGCAGAGGCAGGGAGAGAACGUCCAUCGCAUAGAGCCUCUAAAGUCCCGGGUGAAGAUCAUGGUGGACGGCACCCUCCUCAUCACCCGCAUCACCCCAGACCAUUCUGGGAACUAUACCUGCAUGCCCACCAAUGGCCUGUUAACUCCGCCUACUGCUUCCGCCAGUCUCACUGUGAGACACCCUGCCCAGGCUCUCCAGAUGCCUCAGCAGACGUAUCUCCCCACAGGCCUGGGGGGGUCUGUCUCCUGCCCUGCGAGAGCCCAGCCCCUCCUGCUCCGUGUUGAUUGGACCAAGGAUGGACAGCCACUGGAUCUGGCCAUGUACCCAGGAUGGACGCUGACGUCUGAAGGAUCGGUGUUCAUGGCAGCUGUCAAUGAUGAUGCAACAGGCGUGUGCAAGUGCACCCCCUACAACAGCUUCGGGACCAUGGGCCAAUCAGGGCCCACGACAGUCAUCCUACAGGACCCCCCGUCACUCAACGUGUCUCCCCGAAAGGUGUAUCGAGAGGAGGUGGGGAGGACGCUUGUUAUCCCCUGCCAGACCACUGGAGAGCCAGCCCCUACUGUAACCUGGAGCAAGGUUGCACCUGCCACACCCUCUCAGUACUCUGUAGCAGCCAACGGCUCCCUGCUGCUGCUUCCUCUCAGUAAAGACCACCAGGGGGAGUGGGAGUGCAGUGUUACCAACCGCGUGGGAACUGUCAAAGCCAGGACUCUCAUCUCAGCGCUGGGCACCAGUCCCCAUGCUGCCACCCUGGUGUCUGUGUUUCCAGGGGUCAAGCAGGCCAAUGUGUCCUGGGAACCAGGCUUCGAUGGGGGAUACCCCCAGAAGUUCACUGUCUGGUUGAAGCAGAUGUCUGUGGGUGACAGUGGGGAGAAACAGGAGUGGCUCUCUGUGCCCGUGCCCUCCUCCGGCUUCAGUCUGCAGGUGACGGGGCUGGUCCCUGACACAGAGUACCAGUUCAGUGUCCUGCCACACAACAAAGUGGGCACUGGGCCUUUCAGUGAGAUCGCCACCGUCCGAACUCUGAAUACACUCCCAAGGAGAGCGAAACUAGAACCGCCCACAUCGCUCUUAGCCAAUCAGAGCUUGGCAGGUAUAGUCCUGCAAUGGUCUCCUGUGGCUCAGUUCCCGCCCAUCACUGGAUUUGUCCUCCAAUCUCGCGCAGAGCAAGGGGAGUGGUUCAAUCUAGAUGAGGACAUCAGUGCCAAUAGAACUGUGAUGAUCGUUCCAGGUCUGCGCAAGGACUCUGUGUAUGAGCUGCGGCUGCUGUCCCGGCGAGGGGUGUUGCUGAGCGACCCCAGUCCAUCAGUUAACGUCUCCAACAUGGGGAUGGAUAUGUACCCUGCCAGUUCCCGCCUCCUGGAGUUUGUACCCAAGCCGUUAUUGGCUGGAGUGAUGGGAGGCGUGGCCUUCCUGUGUUUGGCCCUCAUCCUGGUCCUGGGGACCGUGUGUAUCAUCAGUCACAAGAGGGACCAGCGACGCAGGAAGAGGAAAGAUGAUCUCCCUCCUGCCAUCUAUAAAAGCCACCCCUCAACUGGGUCAGUUGCUACCAGUCCAGACAGUGUGGUGAAGCAGAAACUCCUCCAGUCCCACUCCCACUAUCCUGGCUCCACCUCCUGCUCCUCCUCCUCCUCCCAGUCGGGCCACUCCUCUUUCGACAGACCCAGCCGCAGUGAAUACCAUGACCAGUGCCAGCAGCUGCUCUCCUGCCCCCCACCACCUCCUCACUAUGCUCCCCACCACCACCUCCCCAGGACAGGCUCUUCUCCUACUUCCCCUCUAGAGUUCAUCUUCAGAGGCCCUGACGGUCUCUUCAUGAUGCAGCCCUAUGACCAGGCCUCUGUCCACAUUUCCCACAACAUAAGGUCCCUGAGGAAAGACUUCCCACAAUCCACUGAGGUCCAACGGUCAGUGUCCCCCUGUGUGAGGAGGGAGCCGCCAUUGGUCCUCUCAGUGGACCUUCCCCCCUGUGGUGGAUCUAACCCCAACCCCACGACCAUGGUCCGGGCCAUGGCCAAACACCUUUCCCUCCAGGCACGAUUCUACCUGGAUGGGAAGAAAGACAGUUGUGCUGGACAUCCAGGCGAGAGUAGUCCCUACUCGGACAGUAACUCAGACAUGUACCCUCAGCCAAGCCUGGAGGAGAGCAAACAAGGAUACCUGUCACUAAAGCGGGCCGUCCAGCCUGCCAUCGCCAGCACUCUGAUGCUACAGAUGGAGCAUGAGAGGGAGACCGGCAACCUGAGCAGGUGUCUGAAGCUGGCCCUGGAGAGGGAGGAGCUGGAGAGCAAGCUACGGAAGUACACACUGGAGAGGAACGCUACUUUAGGUGGGAAGAGCAAGAGACCAGGCAUAGAUGAGGAGAGUUGGAGAGAGACAGAAAAAUGUGAUCCCAUAUGGAAACCUCAGGAAAGCACCUCCCUACAAAAUCACCUCCAUCACUGUUAUCCCCAGGCCAACUGGGGGAGCUCUAGCAUGGCCAAAAGGCCCUUGUCCCCAUCUUAUAUUCACUGGGAGGCCAACCCUCUCGCCUCAGCCACCAGCUUGGUCGCAGCCCUUCACACCACCUCUGAGAGGACAGUGACCCUCCACUGUGACCCUCCAGUCACUCAAUGUCCCUCUCUGUCACCUGUCACACAACACCACCUCAGGGCUAAGAGAGCAGAGGGUCACUCUAAAAGGAGGGUGAGUCACCAGCCACUAGAGAGGCAAAAAGGGAAAGAAGCUGUGAGUUUCAAGACACACACAGGGCUUUGUGAUACUACUCACAUGUCAACAGAGUGGAAGGGAGAUGACUCAGAGUCACAUGAAUGGAACAGCAAGAGCAAUCAAUGCCAUUCCAAUGGCAGAAUUUCACGCAAGUCUAAGCCAGAUGUCUCUGUCAACAAAGUGCAUGGUGUAUGGAAAGUCGCGUUAGCAAGGUCACGGCCAUUUGAAAAGCCAUCUCAACACACAGUGUUGGAUCUCUCAGACUGUAUAGAGAUGAGUGUGGAUGAACCAGAAGGCUCAGUUGAUCCUCCUACAAAUCCCAUAAGGCUCCAGAGCCUAUUGGCAGAGAAAGACCACAGAGGACCGCAAACCACAAAAAAAGACCGCAGAGGCCAUCCAUUGGACCGCAAAAAGAGCCCAGUACCUAGAGAGGAGCGGGAGAAGUGGCACUGGAGAUCACCUCGGGGCAGAAGCCCAACUACCAUUCAGCCUCCCAGGCCUGUUCUCAGGAAGGCCCUCAGUCUAGGAGGCUCUCAGAAUGGGGACGACCGCCACCACCAGCGCAGCCACAGUCUAGAUUCCAGGAGACAAUCCCAAGGUAACUUCCUGACGCCUGACGCCUGGGUCGACUCUCUCAGCCAUGAGAACUGUUCCUCUCCUUUCUCCUUCCGACCAGACACGGUGUUCUGGGAACCGGAAUUCACCUCAGCUCCUGAGACCAACCACACAGAGGCCCCCACUGUCUGCCCACCUCCCCCUCCUCCCCCCCAGGACCUCCAGCCUCCCAGCAAGGCCCCACAGCAGCUUUAUGAAGCAUACAAGGGUAAUGUGCACAUCCCAAAUGUAAGAAAACUGGUGCUGGAGAGACAGCAGCCGCUCCCCCCAACCCCUCCAGUGCCUUCGGGCCCCAUCCAUACAUUUACAUUUACAUUUAAGUCAUUUAGCAGACGCUCUUAUCCAGAGCGACUUACAAAUUGGUGCAUUCCCCUUAUUACAUCCAGUGGAACAGUCACUUUACAAUAGUGCAUCUAAAUCUUAAAGGGGGGGUUAAGAGGGAUUACUUAUCCUAUCCUAGGUAUUCCAUACCCCCCACAACCCUUGCAAAAAGGCCUCCAUCUUCCCAGACGCCUCCAGGUGGCCCAUCACCUACCAGGAGGCCCUGAGGUCUGUGCAGCGCAUGGAGGCCAGGAAGAAUGCCUCUCUCCCCAGGGACCACAGGGAGCACCCCAGACCAUCAGACUGUAGAAGCAGAGCUACAGCUCCCUCCCUGCUCAGAGGUUACAGCUGGCCCGCAACCCUUCACACCUCUCAGCCGUCCCAGGAGGAGGAGAAGCAGGAGGAGGUGGUAGAAGAGGAGGAGGAAGGAGAGGAGAGGUAUGGGGCACAUGAAAUGGAGGUGGAGAUUGGGAGGUAUCAUCUGGGAGUUCCAGACUCAGGGGGGAGCUACAGUAGCUAUGCCAGCCAGAGCAGUGGCAGGAGGAGUCUGGAGCCUCCCAAUGGGUGCCUGUCCAACUGCCUGUCCCCAACCCUCACCAGCUCUCCUGAGACCAUCGAGGAGAUACAGGGGAACACAGAGGAGACACACCUACAGGACAUGGAGGCAUUGAAAGGGCCUGUUCUCCUCAGUGAGUCUACUGAAGUCUACUCCCAGCAUGCACCAUUCCAGGAAAGGCCUCAAAGAGUCCGUCCAAUUCCAGGGUCGUCACCAUGAGACCAGCCGCUACUCAGAGCCCGAGCCAGAGACUGUGCUGUUCUGACAAUCCCAUCUAUACCUAAGGUCUCGGGUCCUGUCCCCAUUCUUCUCUACAGCCUGGAGCCCUCUGAAUGAUUUCCCUUCACUGGCCCUGUCUGGACAGAGCACAAACCUCAGCGGCAGAAUAAUUGGUUCAGAAAAAGGUAUUCCUGCUGGUAUCACUGUGACUUACUCUGUCUCUCUUCAGGUCGCUCCUCUCUCUCUCUCGCUCUGUCUCUCUAUCUCUCUUCCUCUCCUCUCUCCUUGUCCCUCUGUUUCAGUGUCUCUCUGCAUUAUGCUUGGCUGCGUGGCACACAUUUCCUCUCAGCUGAAAGCUUGUCAAGCAACACCUCUCUCAGUUAACGCCUGAUCUGCUCACAUCUCACAAUCACUAAUGAAGUGUCUCUGCCAUUAAAGGUCAGCUUGUUGCCAUCUGCCACCCACCACCAUGUCAUUCCUUUAGCUUCUGACUGGACAGGGGGAGGACAGAGUGGUACAUCCUGAUUGGACAGGGGGAGGACAGAGAGUGGUAGAUCCUGAUUGCUAUCACUCUCCUUUACCCAGCCCUCCACCCUAUCACUCUCCUUUACCCAGCCCUCCACCCUAUCACUCUCCUUUACCCAACCCUCCACCCUAUCACUCUCCUUUACCCAGCCCUCCACCCCAUCACUCUCCUUUACCCAGCCCUCCACCCUAUUACUCUCCUUUACCCAGCCCUCCACCCUAUCACUCUCCUUUACCCAACCCUCCACCCCAUCACUCUCCUUUACCCAGCCCUCCACCCUAUCACUCUCCUUUACCCAGCCCUCCACCCUAUCACUCUCCUUUACCCAGCCCUCCACCCUAUCACUCUCUUUUACCCAGCCCUCCACCCUAUCACUCUCCUGCCCCCAGCCCUCCACCCUAUCACUCUCCUUUACCCAGUCCUCCACCCUAUCACUCUCCUGUCCCCAGCCCUCCACCCCAUCGCUCUCCUUUACCCAGCCCUCCACCCUAUUACUCUCCUUUACCCAGCCCUCCACCCUAUCACUCUCCUUUACCCAACCCUCCACCCCAUCACUCUCCUUUACCCAGCCCUCCACCCUAUCACUCUCCUUUACCCAGCCCUCCACCCUAUCACUCUCCUUUACCCAGCCCUCCACCCUAUCACUCUCCUGCCCCCAGCCCUCCACCCUAUCACUCUCCUGCCCCCAGCCCUCCACCCUAUCACUCUCCUUUACCCAGUCCUCCACCCUAUCACUCUCCUGUCCCCAGCCCUCCACCCUAUCACUCUCCUUUACCUAGCCCUCCACCCUAUUACUCUCCUUUACCCAGCCCUCCACCCUAUCACUCUCCUUUACCCAGCCCUCCACCCUAUCACACUCCUUUACCCAGCCCUCCACUCUAUCACUCUCCUUUACCCAGCCCUCCACCCUAUCACUCUCCUGCCACCAGCCCUCCACCCUAUCACUCUCCUGCCCCCAGCCCUCCACCCUAUCACUCUCCUGCCCCCAGCCCUCCACCCUUUCACUCUCCUGCCCCCAGCCCUCCACCCUAUCAGUCUCCUGCCCCCAGCCCUCUACCCUAUUACUCUCCUGCCCCCAGCCCUCCAACCUAUCACUCUCCUGCCCCCAGCCCUCCACCAUAUCACUCUCCUGCCCCCAGCCCUCCACCCUAUUACUGUCCUGCCCCCAGCCCUCCACCAUAUCACUCUCCUGCCCCCAGCCCUCCACCCUAUUACUCUCCUGCCCCCAGCUCUCCACCAUAUCACUCUCCUGCCCCCAGCCCUCCACCCUAUCACUCUCCUUUACCCAGCCCUCCACCCUAUCACUCUCCUUUACCCAGCCCUCCACCCUAUCACUCUCCUGCCCCCAGCCCUCCACCCUAUCACUCUCCUUUACCCAGUCCUCCACCCUAUCACUCUCCUGUCCCCAGCCCUCCACCCUAUCACUCUCCUUUACCUAGCCCUCCACCCUAUUACUCUCCUUUACCCAGCCCUCCACCCUAUCACUCUCCUUUACCCAGCCCUCCACCCUAUCACUCUCCUUUACCCAGCCCUCCACUCUAUCACUCUCCUUUACCCAGCCCUCCACCCUAUCACUCUCCUUUACCCAACCCUCCACCCUAUUACUCUCCUUUACCCAGCCCUCCACCCUAUCACUCUCCUGCCACCAGCCCUCCACCCUAUCACUCUCCUGCCCCCAGCCCUCCACCCUUUCACUCUCCUGCCCCCAGCCCUCCACCCUAUCAGUCUCCUGCCCCCAGCCCUCCACCCUAUUACUCUCCUGCCCCCAGCCCUCCAACCUAUCACUCUCCUGCCCCCAGCCCUCCACCAUAUCACUCUCCUGCCCCCAGCCCCCCACCCUAUUACUCUCCUGCCCCCAGCCCUCCACCAUAUCACUCUCCUGCCCCCAGCCCUCCACCCUAUUACUCUCCUGCCCCCAGCCCUCCACCAUAUCACUCUCCUGCCCCCAGCUCUCCACCAUAUCACUCUCCUGCCCCCAGCCCUCCACCCUAUUACUCUCCUGCCCCCAGCCCUCCAACCUAUCACUCUCCUGCCCCCAGCUCUCCACCCUAUCACUCUCCUGCCCCCAGCCCUCCAACCUAUCACUCUCCUGCCCCCAGCCCUCCACCAUAUCACUCUCCUGCCCCCAGCCCUCCACCCUAUUACUCUCCUGCCCCCAGCCCACCACCCUAUCACUCUCCUGCCCCCAGCCCUCCACCCUAUUACUCUCCUGCCCCCAGCCCUCCAACCUAUCACUCUCCUGCCCCCAGCCCUCCAACCUAUCACUCUCCUGCCCCCAGCCCUCCACCCUAUCACUCUCCUGUCCCCAGCCCUCCGCCCUAUCACUCUCCUUUACCUAGCCCUCCACCCUAU